AUGUCGGCAAUGGACGAAGAAGCUACUCAGCCCGCUACCCAGCCUCUUCCUGUCCACAAUGGAGUCGCGCCCUCAACCGUUCAUGGCAAUUACCUCGCGGGUGUCCUCUGCCUACUUCAUCCGAGCUCACCCGCCGCCUACUCCAUUGUCGAAAAGACAGCCAAGGUAGACCCAACUGUCGUCCUACGCAUCCCAGCUGCCCAGGUUGGCCGUCAAUCGGCGACGCCCGAACCUGGCCAACACGAGGAGGAUGAGGAGGGUGAGGAAGAGGAGCAAACCCAGCUUGCUCCCAAUCAGCAGGGCGAACCUGAGGUCUCCGGGUUAGACAUCGCCCUUCGACUUUCCCCAGGCCCCAAGGAUCCGGAACUCGGUUUUGUUUUUGGGAGAAAUCCGGCCCGUUGUGACGUUGUCUUUUCAGAAUCAAACAAAAGUCGACGGAUCUCUAAUCUACACUUUCGGAUAUAUCAGAAUGCCCAGGGCGUGUUGAUGUUACAUGACUCCUCGACUAAUGGGACUUGGGUCGAUAAUGUCAAGCUCGGUGGCGUUGGAGUGGAUGGCGGAAAGAGCACAGACAACCAGCGUGCUCUGUUUGCAGGAAGUGUGAUUCACCUUGCUCCUGGCCCAAGACUCUUGAGGUUCAUCGUUCGGAUUCCGACCCAAGAUGGUACUAGACUCACGUCAGAAAGAGUUCCGAGCCCUGCCGGGGGCGAGUCCAGCGUCGCGAAUGUUGGCAUCGAUCCAGGGCCGUCGCCCCCUUUCCCUCCUCCUAAACUUCUUCCAAAGGCAACCCGAUCACCUAUUCGCCCUCUCGCUGCGGAUUUGCGAGAUCCCUUUAAAGCUCAGGGGAAGGGCCGCCACACAGCGAAGGCCGUGAAGUACAACGAAUAUGAAGGAUGGGAUGGCGGAGAACGGUAUAAGUUUGAAGGCAUUAUCGGAAAAGGCGCCUUUGCUACUGUUAGGAGAGCCAUCGAUAGACGGACAGGUGAUGCCUAUGCUGUAAAAUCUAUCCAGAAACGAGCAUUUGCCCAGAGCAGUGAUAGACAACUUGGGGUGCGAAAGGAAGUUGAGAUUCUCGAAAAACUGAAUCAUGUGAGUACCUUAUGUAUUGACGGCGAUGGAGAACAACUUUUAAUUCUUCGUGCUAGCCCAAUAUUGUUUCGUACAUUGAUUGCCAUGAAGAUCGCUCCCAUAUUUACAUCUUCAUGGAGCUCAUAAAGGGGGGUGACUUGAACGAAUAUCUUGGGAGACACGGGGCGCUCCCUGAGCCUAUGGUUCAGGAGGUUUCACGCCAGGUCUUGCGUGGAAUCGAGUACGUCCAUAGCAUGGGGAUCUCCCAUCGCGAUCUUAAACCGGACAACAUCCUUCUUGCCUGUGAUGACCCAAUUCAGGUCAAGAUAUCGGAUUUCGGACUUGCUAAAAUGGUCCAGAACGAAGACACAUUCCUCAAGACAUUCUGUGGCACAAUGUUGUUUCUUGCCCCCGAGGUUUUCCCGGGCUAUGCAAGUGCCCUCGUCGAAGGGGCCGGCAGUAUGAAGAGAAAGCGUAAUCCGAGGGAGGAAGCUGGCCGUGAAGAUGGUCGGGGAGCCAAGCAGAGGAGGAGAUAUAACCAAGCCGUCGAUAUGUGGAGUUUCGGUUGUGUAAUCUUCAUGUUGCUUACGGGGAGUGCUCCGUUCCAAGGCAAGAACCAGGAUGACAUGUUGAAGAUUAUUCUUUCCGGUAAAUUCAAUGUCUCUCCUCUCGAGAAGCGCCUGGGGGCCCGCUCUCAUCAAGCAAGGGACUUUAUAGGGCGACUUUUGCAAGUUGACCCAGGGAUGAGGAUGAUGGAGGUUGAGGCGUUGAGACACCCCUGGCUCGCGGACGGGAGCGAGGAGCAGUCGAGUAUGGAAGUCCAAGAAGAUGAUGUGGAUGAAGGGCCUGAUGGGGGAGAUGACGAGGAAGCCGACGCCAUCAGCAGCUUCGAAAAGGUUGAGAAGCAACAGGAGAAGUGGAUGAUGGUCCAAGGACCCGAUGCCAGACCCAAAUUUACGGCCGGCUCUGGCAGGCUUGGGCAGGAGGAGCUUAGUGAUAAUGAUGAGGAAGAUAGUGAUGGAGAGGAGAUCGAGACGCCUAAGUGUGAAGAGCUCCAGGACGUCCAGCUCCGCAAAGCUGUCACCGGCCUAAGUUUCAGGGGCGAAAUACACAUACCUGCUGUCAGGUUCGACAGCGGGAGUUCCGAGGGAUCCUUUGCAUCACUUGGAGACGCAGAGUCCAACCGUGGAUCGCGCAGGAUUUUUCAUCCCCCUCCAGACAUUUCUAUUCAAGGGAGCUCUGGCGUCUUUCCAGACCAUGGAUUCUCUGUCUUCUCGGAUGGCAAUGACAGUUCAGACCAUGGCCGACAGGUUGAGGAGGAAUUCGUCCCCUCCUCCCAGACGCACGAACCAUUCGAAUAUGACGAACUCCGCGUCACCAAACCAGGCAAAGGCGCUCGUUCUGGUUCCAUCAGUCGAAGCGUCAGCGGCGGUUCCCUUAGUGGUGCUGAAGCGUUAGUGGGAAAACUUAAGGUCCAUUCACCCUCCCCGAAGGAUACCCCUUCCCCUACCGACGGGGAAUUCCAGCAACAUCAAAAUCAAAUGACACCACCAGCAGCCAACGGGGUCAUGAGUGGCGAUAGCAAUGACAUGGACAAUAGUCCUACCCCGACCGCUGCCCGCCAGAUUACUCCAACUCCACAUCAACGCUCCCACCGCCCAAGCCCGCAACCUGACUCGUUCGAAUCCCAGGCGGCAGUAGAAUACUACACUCCUGCCUCCCUCUUCAGCUCCAACAUCCCCCCACCCCCCGCGACUCCCUCGGCCAUACCCGCGGACGAGAACCUGCCCCCCACCCAACCCACAAACUUUGAUCAUCACAACCGUCAAUUCGCCGUCCCAACGACCCCCUGGGGCCGCCUAGUCCCCAUGCCCGGCUCAAUCCCACGCUCAACCAUCUCCCUGAACAGACAUCAGAUCAGCAUUGGUCGCUCCGCAAACUGCACGCACACGGAAACGGACAUACGUAUAUCGAAAUACCACAUCGCCUUCCAGCUCUCGCCCCCGGACCGCGACGUGGACGAGGACAACUUCCAGCCAGCGAGCAACAUGAUCGCCUGGUACUACGUCAAGGGCACCAACGGCGUCAUCCUUAACGGGAAGAAGAAGCACAAGGGCCGGAUUGGAAGGAUCUACGAUGGCGACGUGGUCUACUUAUUUAAGGACUGCAAACCUGGCGGCGUGGUCGAGUACCUGGGUUUCAGGUGCGAAUUCAGCAUUGGGCAGCACGUCCGGCUCGUCGAAGAACAAAGCGAUUAUGAAGACGAGGGGUUUGGAAAUGCCCAUGGGACCGCAACGGGGAGUAUGGCUACUACUAUGGCGGUUGGAAUAUCGAAGGGGGAGAACGGGUCUAUUGAUGGGGUUGCUUGA